UAGAGAGGCUUUGGGUUGCCACAUGACCAGUUGUCUUGAACGCCCCUCGCUCAGUUGGUGAAAGCUGUGCAAGGCAUUUGUUUCGGUUGUGAAUCGUGGCGAGCAUCUGAGUAUAAGCAGGCGACUGACAACAUAAAACAUCAGUGCAAUGCUGCUUCUCAGACGCUGCCACAGCCUGACUCGAUUCGGCCAUCUCAACACUCAAAGGCAUCAAGUGGCACCUGCUGUGGCGUCUUGUGCAGUUCGUCUCUGGAGCAGCAGCAGUGAGGACCAGAGAUGGUACCAGCGUGCCCAUAGGCCCAGCUGGAGACAUGCACUGGCAGGACUGCUGGCUGGUACCGGAGCUGUACUGGUUUAUGGACUCCACCACCACAAGGCUGAGCAGGAAGACACCAUUACAGUUCAAACCUUAGAGAAGACCUCAGCUCUUCCCAUCUUCAGCCAGGAAGAGGUCACUAGUCACCGCUCUCUGGAAGAUGGCGUGUGGGUCACCUACAAAGGUGGCGUCUAUGACAUCACUGAGUUUGUGGCCAUGCAUCCUGGUGGGGAUAAAAUCUUGCUGGCGGCAGGUGGAGCCCUUGAACCCUUCUGGGCACUGUAUGCUGUACACAACCAGGAGCAUGUGCUGGAAAUGCUCUCAGAGUAUAAGGUUGGUGAGCUGAGGGCAGAAGACCUGAAGAAGCAGCAGGCCGUUCAGACAUUGGACCCCUACUCCUCUGACCCCGAGCGUCACCCCGUCCUGCGCGUCAACAACCUCAAGCCCUUCAAUGCUGAGCCGCCUCCUGAAAUCCUCUCUGACAGCUUCAUCACCCCCUCUGCUAUCUUCUUCAAAAGAAACCACCUGCCAGUUCCUCGGGUGGACCCGGCUUCAUAUCAGCUGCACGUAGAGGGACUACCUGGAGUGCUGACGCUGUCUUUGGAAGACUUAAAGACUCGAUUCCCCAAACACACUGUCACCGCCACGCUGCAGUGUGCCGGUAACCGCCGCUCUGAGAUGAAUCAGGUCAAGCAGGUGAAAGGACUGAACUGGGGCAUUGCUGCGAUCAGUAAUGCUACAUGGGGCGGUGCGAGGCUCAGGGAUGUGCUGCUGGCUGCUGGCUACGGGCCCGAAGUGGCCCAGCGGGCUUUCCAUGUUCAAUUUGAAGGACUGGACAAAGACAUAACCGGGACUACCUACGGUGCCUCCAUCCCUCUAAACAAGGCAGUUAGCGAGGAAGGUGAUGUGUUGCUGGCUUAUGAAAUGAAUGGCGAGGAUCUCCCUGCUGACCACGGCUACCCCGUCCGCGUUGUGGUGCCAGGCACGGUGGGUGCACGCAAUGUUAAAUGGCUGGGGAAGAUCAUUGUGAGUGCGGAAGAAAGCAGCAGCCACUGGCAGCAGAAUGACUACAAGGGUUUCUCCCCCGGGACGGACUGGGACACAGUGGACUUCAAGUCUGCUCCGGCCAUCCAAGAGCUGCCCAUUCAGUCAGCCAUUACCACGCCGGCAGACGGUGCUGUGGUCAAUCGCAGUUUGGAAGAGGUGACGGUGAAGGGUUACGCCUGGAGUGGCGGAGGCAGAGAGGUGGUACGCGUAGAUGUUUCUAUGGAUGGAGGAAAGACGUGGCAGGUGGCCCAGCUGAGGAGCAGUGAGAAGGGACAAGCACCUGAACCCUCUCCCCCACCGGGACGAGCCUGGGCCUGGAAGCUGUGGGAGCUAACGGCGCCUCUUCCUCCCGAGGCUCAGGAGUUGGAGAUAGUUUGCAAGGCGGUUGACAACAGUUACAACAUGCAGCCGGACACAGUUCCUCCCAUCUGGAAUCUGAGGGGCGUGCUGAGUAACGCCUGGCACAGAGUGAAGGUGAACAUCCGAGAAGAUUAGAGCGAGGAAUAGACUCCGUGGGUUGAUCCACAUUCAGAAUUCAAAAGGUUUACGCCUGAAGCCGAGUCAUCAGAGAGUAGACGUUGUUUAAAAUCUGCCACUGAGACUAAGCAGAAAAUACAGCAGGAUUUGAAGCAAUCAUGUUGCCUGUGAGAUUUGAGAUACCUAGAACAAAGCUAAAGGCUGUAAAUAACCAAAAUAUGUCCAGUUUUUAUCUUGUGAUCAUUACACUACACUACAUGUGAGCCUGUUAAUUCUCUGAUUUGUAGAAAAGAAAAAAUAUAUUAUUAAUAUAUAUAUUAUUAUAUAUUUUUGUAAUCGGGAUUGACAGUCCUAAUGCUGAAGAUGUGCACAUUAUAUUAAAAUUGUUGAAUUAAUUGUGUGAUUAACAUGCAUCAUAAUUAAAAACCCUAAUUUUAAGUCAUAUGCAAUCUAAUUGAUAUGUAGAGAAGUUUAUUAUGUAGUCAUUACUUUAAGAAAAGGCUACUACAAUUGCAUGCAUUGUUCACUUUACUAGUUCCAGUCUGAGCAACCGGAGUUUACUCAGACUGGAACUUGGAAGUUUAAACAAAACCUAGCAUUUGUUUAUCUGCAGCUGUGGCUUUGCUGAUUAAUAAUAUUUUAUAAGUGAUACGAUAAUUAAAAAAAACUUUUGAUUAGCUUAAAGGAGCUUACUAGCUUGGUUUGUAAAUCAUAGGUGAAUUGUGACCCUCGCCAUGCAGUUUGUGGAGCUGCCCCCCCCCCCCCAACUGUUUUAAAGUUGGUAUAAAGUAGCACACCUCACUAUCAUGUCCAGCCGCAGUUCUACCACAACACUACAGCACACUGCAGAAGUCAGGGCACUGCUUGACCACAGUUGUGACUACACUGUGUUUUGUGUCAAAUGUAAAUUAUUGUUGAAGAUGAUAAAGAGCUCUAAUUUUACACUGACAAGUGUCCGUGCCAUACAGCACUUCUUAGAUUAGAGGAAAUGAGAAGUAGUUUUAAGUAGAUUUAAAGACAUUUGCUAAACAUAACCCCACCUUGCUGUGUUGCUCAGCUUUGCAGCGCUUACGUUUUUCCACUCACUGUGAUUAAAUACGUCAACUGGAGAUCCCGACUGGCAGGCAAACUACAGUUUUUAUAUUUAAUGAAAGACAAUUUCAUUUAACAGAUUUAUUUUUCUUCAAGGGUAAUAGGAAAAAAUGCAUUAAGAGUAUUACUAAUUGUAAAAAAUAAAGUAUAUUUAAUUAACAGUAGUAUUUUCUUUACUGUUAGAAUAUAAUUGUAUGCACCCACUGACAUUGAUUUUUUUCAAAAGAGAAAUCCUCAACAGAGAGGUUUCUAGCUCCAUAUUAACUUACAGUGUGCAUAUCUACAGUAUGGUUAACAUUUCAAUUCCCCUUUUGUAUAAACUAAAAAAACUGCACUGGACUUUUUCACAUUUUUAUUCAUCUUCAAUUGUGUUUGUGGUUUGCUUACUGUGAACUCUUGGAAGUGCCACUUCAGGGAAAUAGUUCAAAGCCCCACAGUAUAAAUUAGGUUACAUACAAGAUGACAUCACUUUCACAUGUUGGUGAUAGAUUUGGUUGUUUUGAAAGCUGAAGUUUUCUUUGCUAAAAUUCAGUAGCUGUCAGCAUCAGAUCAAGAUGCAGUUGCUGACUCCUCUGAAAUCCUAAAAAUAAAAAGAAAGCUGUAACAGUUCUUACCAUAUUUUAUAAAUUACGUAAAUCUUCUCCUGCUGCUGCUGCUUCCCCAAAGUGGUAACCGAGGAAACAGGAUACAAAGUGACUCCGACAGCCUUCUGAAAAAAGAUGUUGCAGCUGGCAGGAAGGUGAACAGGGCCAAGGAGUCCAGGGGAGGACAGGAUAAUGUAAAAGAUUAGAUGUCAGGGCAAACAAUAAUUAGAGAUAUAAAAGAAUGCAAUACAAUUUUGAUGAAAUAUAUAGUCUAAUUAACCUGAGUAGUCCAAAACUACACUUAAUUAUCCUGCAUUCAAGUCACAAUCCAUAAUUUGUGUGAUUUCUUAAUGAACGUAUGAACUGGGAGUCAUGAUGUUGUCACGAUGAGUGGCCUUGGCCUUUUGUCCUGAAUAGGAUUAAACGAUGCUCUUGGCACGUUGUUUUUUUAUAUAAUUAAACCAGAUAUGUUCCGGGAUUUCAAUGCUGUGGGACUCAUUUGUUUAUGAGUGUCCCGGGGCUGCUGACCUAUCGGGGAAGUUGGUUUGGCAAUCAUGUUUGUCAUAAACUUUUCAUUCUGAUGUGUCUAUGAGUCAUAAAUGACUAAAAUUGCGCUAAGCUGUAUUGCGGCGAACGGAUAAAGAAAACACAUGUAUAUGGUUCUGCAGUCGACGCAGACUGUGAGAAUGUUUGUGUUCUGUUGGUUCCAGGCUCCUGAGUCCUGACGCUGCUAUGUGUGUAGUGGAGUGCAACAUGCACUACUCACAAUGUCUUAGGAGAAAUGACAGAAAGCGGAAGGAAAGCAGAGUCAGAUAAAUGUCCACUCACUUUAGUAGAAGAUGAGACAUUACACAUUUGUGGUAUCAAACUGGAUCAUUUGGACCAAAUGUUCUACAGUCUCUGCUCACCCUUUGUUGGAUCAAACAUAUACAGUAUUAUGCUGCUGUGUGAUGUUCUGGAUAUACAGACCGCUAGUUUAGGUGUCAAAAGCAGCCUUGUUCAUAAAAGCCUAUACUGUA